GCCACUUAUAGCAGCCACGUCACUUCUGAACCGGGCAUCCCCAAUGACGCAAAGGUGAGAUCCCAAGUUUCCCUACUACACGUGGUCGCAGGGCUCAGCACCCCAGAUGCGGAUGACCCUCGACUACAAGUACUGGCACUGCAGCGGUACUCAACGACACAGCUUCUGGUGAUCUCAGCAGCGAGGUAGUGGUUCCGAGAAUGGUCGCUGUUCCCAGACAACACCGAGGAAUAUUCAAAACAUGGUUAUGCGAGUCGUGCCUAGUAUCCUGGGCAAGCGAGGGCUCCAGGAUCUAUGCGGCACAACACCGACGCGACUCCCUCUGCUCGUAGCAUCCCAACGACUGCAAUUUUUCCAUGGAACACGCCAAUAUGCCACGGUCGAAAAAGAGGGAAGUGAAAAGCAAGACAAUCGACCACCACCUCCAGGCUUCGACAGUGCGAAAGCAAGACAACCUUCAAGCUCCUCCAAGACGUCGUCUUCCUCCCCCAGCAGUCCCGAGUCGUCCUCUACCAGUUCCACCAAAUCAGAAUCCUCCACAUUACACGCUCCUGACUGGGAGGAGAACCCGGACCUUAGCAUAUCCAAGUUUUCCGAGCUGCCAGGGAAGGAUUUCGGAGUGAACCAGCACAUCAUCAUCAAUGAAGAGUUCAAGGAAGCACUGCGACAGAUACUAUGGAAAUUUCGAGCUCCGAUCAGAUAUGCAUUUGCAUACGGAUCGGGCGUGUUCCCUCAGAGCUCGAACACAGAAGGCGGCAACUCGAAACUGCACCCAUCACCUCCAGAAGCAAUCACGAAAGUGCAAAACGGAAACCAAAAAAUGAUUGAUUUCAUAUUCGGCGUUUCCUACACGCAACAUUGGCACUCUUUGAACCUACAAGAACAUCGCGACCAUUACUCGGCCGUUGGAUCGCUGGGAUCAUACGCCGUCUCGAAGAUCCAAGACUCAUUCGGCGCAGGCGUCUAUUUCAAUCCAUACGUGACGGUCAAUGGAACGUUGAUCAAAUACGGAGUGGUCAAUCUCGACACAAUGUGCAAAGAUCUUUCGGAAUGGAACACGCUCUACCUGGCCGGCCGACUACAGAAGCCUGUCAAGAUCCUACGCGACAACCCAGCCGUACGGUUAGCAAACCAAGUAAACCUAAUCGCGGCCGUGCGCACCGCUUUACUUCUUUUACCGCCCGAAUUCACCGAAGAGGAACUCUACUCGACCAUCGCGGGUAUCUCAUACAUGGGCGAUCCACGCAUGAGCAUUGGCGGCGACGACCCCCGCAAAGUCAACAACAUAGUCAAGCACCAAUUACCCAACUUUCGGCGACUGUACGCGCCGCUGAUCGAAAAUCUGCCCAACAUUUCGUUCGUCGACUCGGCCACCUCGAACAAAAACUGGCUGGACGAUCCUACGGUCAACGCCAAGCUGGCCCAGAACAUGGACCCCGUCACAAGAGGGCAUAUGGUCCGUCGCCUGCCCAGCGCGUUCCGUCAGAAACUCUACUUCGAGUACCAGUCCAAAUUCCACAUCCCGCGCGGCGAAUUCCAAAAAAUGCUGGAGCAGACUAAAGACGAGGAUCCAGAGCGCAUCCGCAAACGUGAGGGAGGGCCCUUUGAGCGCCGCAUUGCCGAAGAUACUGAGGGCGGUGGCCUGCGCGAAGAAGUCCGCCAGGUCAUUGUCAAAACUAUCCGUUGGCCUAGUAUCAUGCAGUCCAUCAAAGGUCCCAUCACGGCCGGCUGGGCCCGCAGUUGGCGAUAUAUCAGGGAGAAGCGCGAGAAGGCUAGAAAGGGUGCCCUUGCCUUGAGCAGAGAAAAGGAGAAGACAAAGUGAGAAAAAGACGGACGGACCAGUCCCGGUCAGAAAGAUCCAUACUGGAAUGUAUAAGGAGUCUGACUGUUUGAUGUUCUUCACCUCUGUAUAUACAUAUAUUUUACCUAUAGCCAUGUCUCCCGCACUGGCGGGAGCAUGUUGAACGGUCGAGGAGGCAGCUACUUUCCUGCCAUAACUCCCGUCGAAUAGAAAUAAAAUACUUUUGAAUGUCAUCGCAGAUUUUUCAAGGA